GCCUUGGAUGCCUGGAGCAGCUGCUCGAUGACGACCGAUAUUGACUGCUCUCAUACAACCAACACAGCAUUCGGUCUCUCACUGGUAUGGGGCCAGGAUCCAGGUCCAACAAUGAUGCCUCUGGGAGUCCAGCAUAAGAUUCCGUGAAAGCCACAGGAACGUGUCUCAGCUUGGGUGUGUCUACUUCUCACAACCUUCCGCAUCAUCUUGUCGGCCCUAGGGCGCUGCCCAAAGCAGCCAGGAAACACCCGCCAUGGGAGUCAACGGGCUUUGGCAGGUUUUGCAACCAUGCGCCCGCCCGACGAACCUGGCGACGCUGAACCGCAAGCGCCUCGCUGUGGAUGCUUCCAUCUGGAUCUACCAGUUUCUCAAGGCUGUUCGCGACAAGGAGGGCAACGCGCUGCGUAGCUCCCACGUCGUCGGAUUCUUCCGUCGCAUCUGCAAGCUGCUCUGGUUUGGCAUCCAGCCAGUCUUUGUCUUCGACGGCGGGGCCCCCAUCCUCAAGCGCGCUACCCUACAGAGCCGCCGCCGUCGCCGCGAGGGUCGUCGCGAGGAUGCUACCCGCACCGCGAACAAGCUGCUGGCCGUGCAGAUGCAGCGACUUGCAGAGGGCGAGGCCGACCGGCACAGGCGCAAGACUGCCGCCAUUGCCGCACCCGCCGAAGCUGAGGACGGCGUUGCCGAGGGUGAGGUGAUGCCGGCAGCGGAGAACCUGGUCUACGCCGACGAGCAGUUUCUGAGCCAGGCGGAGCGGCAAAAGAGCCGAAAGUUCCACAAGCAGGACGCGUACCACCUGCCAGAGCUGGACAAGAGCAUGCACGAGAUGGGAGUGCCCAAUGAUCCGCGCGUCAUGAGCAUCGACGAGCUCGAGAACUACGCGCGCCAGUUCCACCGUGGCGAGGAUGUCAACCUGUACGACUUUAGCAAGAUCGACUUUGACGGCGACUUCUUCAAGAGCCUGCCGCCGGCCGAUCGCUUCAACAUCCUGAACGCGGCCCGCAUCCGCAGUCGCCUGCGCAUGGGGCUCAGCAAGGAGCAGCUCGACCGCAUGUUCCCGGACCGCCGCGCCUUCUCGCGGUUCCAGAUCGAGCGCGUUCAGGAGCGCAACCGCCUGACUCAACGCCUCAUGGUCGAGCUGGGCAUGGGCGAGAGUGCGGACCUGACGGUGGGCGGGCGCAUCAACAGUGAGAAGGAUCGCGAGUACAUUCUCGUCAAGAACGAUGGCGCCGAAGGCGGCUGGGCACUCGGCGUCGUCUCGCGCCAAAACGAGGGCGUAGCGAGCAAUCCUAUAGACGUUGACGCCCCCUCUCGCUUCGCUGCCAACCUCGACGACGAAGACGAGGAAUGGGAGGACGAGGACGACUUUGAAGACGUGCCCAUUGAGGGGCUAAAUAGAUUGCCUACUGGGAAGCUCGCUGCCGGCCACGAAGAUGAGUCUAUGUUCGUGGCACAGGAAAACGACAUGGAUGAUCUCUUCGAGGAACAAACACAAGAGAACCUCGGCCUGGAAGCAGACGAAGAUGAAGACAUUAGCCGGGCAAUAGCCCUAUCGCUCAAAACACAGCAUGGGCAUGAUCAAGUACAGCAGGCAACUGACAUGUCUCAAGAAGGAGUGGAAACGACCGAAGCCGAACAGCGACCAGAGUGGGAGCAGAAGGCCGCGGAGGCGCCCAAACCAAUCCCGGGAUUCAGCGGCAAGGCUAUCGCCCGCCUCGUCAACAAUAGGUCCAGUCGCCUAGUGCCACGACCGCGCGUUGCUGCUGCUGCUGCUGCUGGGAACGAUAGUGACAGCGAUGAAGACUUGCAGGCCGCUCUUGCUUCGGCAAGACGCAAGAGGAGGCAGCAAGUGGCUACCACUGAAACUGCCGAAAGCGAAAAGCCCGUCACGUCUACAAGUUUGAAGAACCCGUUUAGCGGGCCGUUGCCAUUUGAAAAACUAGACUGGAGGGCUGCUUCCUCCGCCAAACCAUCACCAGUGGUGACUCGUGGUGGCAUUUCCUUGACAACCGAGCCAGCCGGCGAGGAAUCGGCAGCGCACGAACCCGAAGACGAGGACGAUUUUGCAGGAGGAUUCGAGACGGCGGCCGAGCCGGAACGCCCUCUCCCACUUCCUCCGUGGCUUCAGGAUGAUCAAGGCGACAUCAGAGAUUCGGUGCGGAACCAGGUGGAAGCGCAUGCGGAAAUGAACGCACAGGACCGCCAGCAUGCAUUAGAGGAACGCCUACGCUUCCAGCGCGAGCAGAGAAACAAACUGGUCGUGAUCGAGUCCUCUUCGGAGGACGAAGAUGAUGAGGUUGAGAUCAUUGAGGCACCCCCUCCUCAGCCAACCUCGGCUUCCCAGCAGACUACCAAGGCCACGCCGCUAGGGCGACCCGAUGUACUAGGGGAAACCCUGGCUGAAGUACAAUCCAAGCUCGGGUCGGGAGAAGAGCCAGGACCGGAAACGGCCCCCGCCGCCGAGCCAGCCACCACCGUGCCAGCCACGUCUUCUCCCCCAUCCUCGCCCGAUGUGUCAUUUGAGGACGUCAAUAUCGCCGAAGCGCGUACAAUCGUGGCUGAGCCUUUAGCUGCUCUAGAGCCAGAAGAUCAGGGCCAGGAGGACGACGCAGCAUUUGAGGAUGUGCCCAUUCCAGACCUAGAGGAUGGCAUAGAACGUGACAAUCAGGAUGUCGCCCCGGCCGGCGAUAACUUUGCUGCCGGUGGGGACUUGGACGAAUUCAGCGACUCGGAUGAUGGGGAGCUGCUCAUUCAGAUGGCCGAGGAGGCCGAGGCCCAUGCCCGUUUUGCGAGCACGCUCAACAACAACGUACCCUCAGGAUCGACGGCCCAGCAUGAGGUCAGAGACCCUCUGUUGUAUGAGCAGGAGCUUCGGCAGCUCAGGGCGCAGCAGAAGCGCGACCUGCGAGACGCGGAUGAGGUGUCGCAGGUCAUGGUGGCAGAGUGCCAGCAGCUGCUCCGGCUGUUCGGCAUACCUUACAUAACCGCGCCCAUGGAGGCAGAGGCGCAGUGUGCGGAGCUCGUGCAGCUAGGCCUCGUCGACGGCAUCGUGACGGAUGAUUCGGACACGUUCCUCUUUGGAGGUACACGCGUGUACAAGAACAUGUUCAACGGCAACAAGUUUGUCGAGUGCUACCUUUCAUCGGACCUGGAGGGCGAUUUGUCGCUCGGUCGCCCCCAGCUCAUAGCACUCGCUCAACUGCUGGGGUCCGACUACACCGAGGGACUCCCAGGUAUCGGGCCGGUGACCGCGGUCGAGAUCCUGUCCGAGUUCCCCGGCGAGGACGGGCUCAAGCAGUUUGCCGAGUGGUGGCACGACGUACAGUCAGUGACGCACCUGAACCCCCGAGACGCAGAGCCCGAGCGCUCCACGUUCCGGCGCAAGUUCCGCAAGUCGCAGGGCAAGCGACUCUUCCUCCCGCCUGGGUUCCCGAGCCCGGCUGUGCCUGAGGCCUACAUGCAGCCCGAGGUGGACAGCGACCCACAACCGUUCCAAUGGGGAGCGCCAGACCUACGCGGCCUGCGGACGUUCUUGAUGUCGACGGUGGGCUGGGGCGAGGAGCGCACCGACGAGAUUCUGGUGCCCGUCAUCCGCGACAUGAACAAGCGCGAGGCCGAGGGCACGCAGAGCAAUAUCACGCGCUACUUCUCGGGCACCGUCGGCGCGGGUGCGCGGGCGGUGGCGCCUGGGCCCAUGACUGCGGUCGGGGGAGAGUCCGCGGGGGACCGAGGGAGAGAAGCGUUCGCCCCGCGGAGACAAGCAGCAAGGGGCAGCAAGCGGAUGGCUGUCGCGGUGUCUAGGUUGAAAGCCCAGGCCGGUGCCAGCGACAACAGCUCGGAGCGUGCCGCAGCGUCCGAGGACGGCAGCCGGGAGGGGGAGGGGGGAGUGGAUGCCGUAGAGAGGAGUGGAAGAACAACGAAGGGGAAGAGCGGUCAGAAAAGGAAGGCUCGCGCGUCUGCAGUGCCCACUCGUGACGACUUGGAGGGGAUGGACGGAGAGGCUGCAGCUGGAGAUUUCAGCGAUGAUGGCGGCGGCGACGACGGCGAGUUUGUCGAUUCAGGGAGUACUCGGAAGGCAACCCGUGGGCGAAAAAGGGGUAGAAGGGGUGGUGGGGCGUAGGACGAGGUGGUUGACUUGCCCGUGCUGUAUUCUGGCGCAAGUUGAUGUCAGCAACAAACAUCUCCAGCUCCGGGCCACCCAUUGGCACAGUGAUGCAAGGCCGAGCGCGGAUGCCACAUCGCCGUACUGCUCCGGCAUCCGUCACCACGUGUCUGUUUCAUUAUAUAUCAUUGUAGGCGACGAGACAGAAGACUAAUUCGGACAGCAACAACCACCGGCACUUGAAUGACCAGUCUCUCCUCGCUUCCCAGAGUAUCUACCUGCUGGGUUAUACACACGAGUGUGUUGAAGUGCAAGGUAUUUGGGCCAAGUAAGGAGAAUCACUCCGUAGUAGUAACAAAACCUCCAGUGGUAGAGGCAG